CAGUCCUCCAGUCAAUCACAACACGUUGAAGGUGAAAGACCCAUACAUACGUGCUCCGUACACGUGACUUGAAGUGUGAUCCCACGCCUGGGUGAUAUCAGCGACACGGCUUUUUCACGGGUAGACCGUCGACCCGCAUUGCUCGUGCGACGCAGUCCGGCCCCGAUCCGGACGCCAAGUCAUCAUCGAGUCCCCUGAGCCGGCUUUGACCCACGUCACCAUUUCUUCCUACGAGACGCUUGGCCCUUCUCAGUUUGACUCAGGACCAUGCCCCAACUUGAAGCGCGUGUCGCCCGUGCCGCUGCCGCUCAGCCGGAACCAGGUUACCAUGUCUCUGGAGAAGUCGGACGCCGCGGUCAGGCCUACCGGCGGGUCUCCCACCACCGGCCUCGAACCCUCAUCGCCCCGGGCGCUCAAGACCGAGGCGCCCUUAUAUCAUCCCCCCGCCCAUUCGGGGGCGGACAUGGGGAUCGACGCUAAUUGGACCGAUCUAACGGACAACGACUACGAAUUCUUAGCGCCUGAAUUGUUGACCUCGCCCACUCCCGCCCUGACCACGAUGACGCCCACCCCCCUCGCCUCGCCCGAUUGGGAUCUCUUUGAGGUCUGCCCAUCGGCCCCGGUGCUGCCCCUGAACUACGAUGCGGUGGAGGAGGUGUUGGCUCAGGGUUACGUGCCCGUAAUCCCGGCGGCCGCCGAUGAUGUCUGGUCCAGUUUGGAGUGUGUUAACCCCCUGGAGGUGGAGGGCGUGCAAACCCCCGACAUUCAGCCACCAUCGCCCGUGAAACCACCCCCGGGCAAGAAGUUAAAGUUGAUCAUCCCGCCCCGGGACCCCGCCCCCACGCCCUCAUUGGAUACCAUUGACACGGCGGCGGUGGCGGCGGUAUUGGCCGACCAAGCGCCCCAAUUUGACUUGCUCAAGUUUGUGACCGAUGCCACCUUGGGCCCGGAAGAUCCGGCUUUCAUGGAGUUGGCGGCCGACACGGAACCCCUGGUUUCGUCCACGUCCAAUUCCCACGACCUGGCCACCCUGGACUUGGCUGAUUUGGCCGACCCGGAUUACCCACCCACAUUACCCAAUGUGGGUAAACGUCCCCUGAAGCGAUCCACCACCGGUCGUGCCCGUGGUCGUCCACCCAGUGCGGCUUCGAAGAGCCGUGAGCGUUUAUCCCACGCCCCCAGCGAUCACGCCUAUGACGCCUCAUCCGUGGUGUCGGCCGAGGAUGCGCAAGAAAUGAAAUAUCGGCGGAUGCGGGACCUCAACAACGAAGCCAGUAAGCGUUGUCGCCAAAAUCGCAAGCGCAAAUUUGAAGCCUUGGUCGACGACGAAGAGGAGCUUCGGACGAAGAACCGCCAACUCCGAAUGCGAUGCCAACAACUCGAGGAUGUAGUGACGCAACUGAAGAAACGCUUCAUUGAUCGAGUGGCCAAUCCGAUGAGCCAGACGUCGCCGCCCAUCAACCUGGAUCGAUUGGUCCAACAAGCCCUGUCCCCGACGUAAAAUGGCGGGCUCCAAUAGAGACAAGAAACCAAUACAUUAUCGUAUGCAGUACCCAGCCGCCAUUCAUUCUUGAUUCCAGGAUUCCAGGGCUAGGUCUCUGAUAUUAAUUGUUGUACUCUCUGACAAAUGGUGGCCCGACAACUUUGUAUGGGUUAAACUUCGAAACGGAAUACUCUUAAUAUAAUUCAAAUGUUAUUGUGUAUAUAUCCCCCAGGACCCGCUCCUGUCUAAGUCUCAGAUUAUUAUCAAUAUGGACACUGAAUCAGGCCUACCAACAUAAAUACAAAAUUCCAAAUUCCCA